AUGGCGGACCCCUCCCAGCCCGUUGCUGACGACUCGACGGCUACUGCCAUCCUCCGUCAGAAGAAGUCGCCCAACCGUCUGAUGGUUGACGAGACUACUUCUGAUGACAACAGCGUUGCUGUCCUUCACCCAAACACUAUGGAGACCCUUGGUCUGUUCCGUGGCGACACUGUCAUCGUUCGCGGUAAGCGCAGGAAGGACACCGUCCUCAUCUGCCUGAGCCAGGACGAUAUCGAAGAGGGCAAGAUCUGCAUGAACAAGGUUGCUCGCGGUAACUGCGCCGCCAAGCUUGGCGACCUCGUCCACGUCUCGGCUGCCAACGAUAUCAAGUACGGCAAGCGCAUCCACGUCCUUCCCUUCUCAGACUCGGUUGAGGGUCUUUCUGGCAACCUCUUCGACGUGUUCCUCAAGCCGUACUUCCUCGAGGCUUACCGCCCGGUCCGCAAAGGUGACGUUUUCCAGGUCCGUGGUGGCAUGCGCACCGUGGACUUCAAGGUCAUCGAGGUCGACCCCUCUCCAUACUGCAUUGUUGCGUCGGACACCGUCAUCCACACUGAGGGCGAACCGCUCGACCGCGAGGCUGAGGAGGCCGACCUGAACGCCGUUGGGUACGAUGACCUCGGUGGCUGUCGCAAGCAGCUUGCGCAGGUCCGCGAGCUCGUUGAGCUCCCUCUGCGCCACCCUCAGCUCUUCAAGGCUAUUGGCAUCAAGCCUCCUCGUGGUAUUCUGAUGUUUGGCCCCCCCGGUACUGGCAAGACCCUCAUGGCUCGCGCUGUCGCCAACGAAACUGGCGCGUUCUUCUUCCUGAUCAACGGUCCCGAGAUCAUGUCCAAGAUGGCGGGCGAGUCCGAGUCCAACCUCCGCAAGGCAUUCGAGGAGGCCGAGAAGAACAGCCCCUCGAUUAUUUUCAUCGACGAGCUCGACUCCAUCGCGCCCAAGCGUGAGAAGACCAACGGCGAGGUCGAGCGUCGUGUCGUCUCGCAGCUCCUCACGCUCAUGGACGGACUCAAGGCUCGUUCCAACGUUGUUGUGAUGGCUGCUACCAACCGUCCUAACUCGAUCGACCCUGCUCUUCGUCGUUUCGGUCGCUUUGACCGUGAGGUCGACAUUGGUAUCCCCGACCCCACUGGCCGUCUCGAGAUUCUCCGCAUCCACACCAAGAACAUGAAGCUCUCAGACGAUGUCGACCUUGAGCAGAUCGCCGCCGACACCCACGGCUACGUUGGUGCCGACAUGGCUGCGCUCUGCUCUGAGGCUGCCAUGCAGCAGAUCCGCGAGAAGAUGGACAUGAUCGACCUCGACGAGGACACGAUUGAUGCCGAGGUCCUCGACUCGCUUGGUGUCACCAUGGAGAACUUCCGCUACGCGCUCGGCGUCAACAACCCGUCGGCACUCCGUGAGACUGUCGUUGAGAUUCCUACCACCACCUGGAACGACAUUGGUGGCCUCGACAAGGUCAAGCGUGAGCUCCAGGAGACGGUCUCCUACCCUGUCGAGCACCCGGAGAAGUUCCUCAAGUAUGGUCUCUCGCCCUCCAAGGGUGUUCUAUUCUACGGCCCGCCUGGUACGGGUAAGACCAUGCUUGCCAAGGCCAUUGCCAACGAGUGCCAGGCCAACUUCAUCUCGAUCAAGGGUCCCGAACUCCUCACAAUGUGGUUCGGCGAGUCGGAGGCCAAUGUCCGCGACGUCUUCGACAAGGCUCGUGCCGCUGCACCAUGUGUGAUGUUCUUUGACGAGCUGGACUCCAUUGCUAAGGCUCGCGGUGGGUCCUCAGGCGACGCUGGCGGUGCUGGUGACCGUGUCCUCAACCAGAUUCUUACCGAGAUGGACGGCAUGAACGCUAAGAAGAACGUCUUCAUCAUCGGCGCCACCAACCGCCCUGACCAGAUUGACUCUGCGCUUCUCCGUCCGGGCCGCCUCGACCAGCUUAUCUACAUCCCGCUUCCGGACGAGGCAUCUCGUCUGUCUAUUCUCCAGGCGACUCUGCGCAAGUCCCCUAUCGACCCCCGUGUUGAUCUCAACUACCUGGCCAAGCAGACAGCGGGCUUCUCAGGUGCGGACCUCACCGAGAUCUGCCAGCGUGCAGCCAAGCUGGCUAUUCGCCAGUCCAUCGAGGCCGACAUUCGCAAAGAGCACGACCGCAAGGAGAAGGCGGAGGCUGCCGGUGGCGACGUCGACGUCGACAUCAUGGACGAGGAGAACGAUGUGGAUGAGGUUCCCUCCAUCACCGUUGAUCACUUCGAGGAGGCCAUGAAGUUCGCUCGCCGCUCCGUCUCGGACGCCGACAUCCGUCGCUACGAGAUGUUCAGCAGCACGCUUCAGCAGUCACGUGGCUUCGGCAACAACUUCAAGUUCCCCGAGAGCGGGGAGACUGAGCAGGGCGGAGCUGCGUUCCAGAACGAGGCAGACGACGACGAUCUCUAUGCGUAA